AUGGAUGACGAAAAUAUUGAAAAAUAUAUUCAACAUAUAAUCGAUAUAAAAGAAACAAGUUUAAAUUUAAGUAAUCGUUCGUUACGUGCUGUACCAUUGUCUGUUAGUUUAUGUUCAUUUCUUCAGAAUCUCUAUUUAAAUAAUAAUGAACUUAUUAUUCCGCCUACGGAACAAUUAUCAUCAUUGAUCAAUUUAGAAACUCUUUCAUUAGAACACAAUCAACUAACAAUUUUACCAGAUACACUAUGGAAUUUAACAUCAUUAACACGUUUAAAUCUUAGUCAUAAUCCACUUGGUCAAAUAUCAUUACAAUUAGGUCAAUUAAAAAAUCUUCAUGAAUUAUGGUUAACAAAUAUAAAUUUAUAUGAUAUACCAUUAAAUAUAUUUAAUAAUUUAAAUCAAUUAGAAAAAUUAUCACUAAAAUCAAAUCAUUUGCGACGAUUACCAACCGAUAUAGGACAUUUAAUAGAACUUCAUUGGUUAAGUCUUGAAGAUAAUGAAUUAAAUGACUUACCAGAUUGUUUACAAGAUUGUCUAAAUUUAUCAUAUCUUAAUUUAAAUGGAAAUCAUUUUAUUCAUAUUCCAUCUGUCAUUGGAAAAAUUUCAUCAUUAAAUAUUGUUUGUUUACAACGAAAUGCUAUUGCCGAAAUAGAUGAUGAUACAUUAUUAAUGUUUUCAAAUAUGACAAAAGUUGAUCUAAGAGAAAAUCCAUUAGUUGAUAAACCGAAACAUUGGAAAGGUUUAGAAUUUAUUAAAGUUGGCCGUUGUAUUGAUGUAACUUCACUUGAUGAAGAGAAUGAUGAAAAUUGUUCUGAAUCAUUAGGUUCUAGUCAAGAUGGCAAUGUAGAAAAGAAAACAAAUAGAAAAUCGAUGAUGAGUGACGAUGGAAAACCUACAGGUGAUGAAAAAACAACAUCAAGUAACAAGCUUGAAUCAAUGUCACAAGAUGAAUUAAUAAAAUUAGUUAAAAGUCAAAUUUUAUUAAAGAAAAAACUUGAAUCUAAAAUAAGUGAUUUACAAACUUCUAAUAUAAGUUUAUGUCAAACUGAAGAGCAACUUCGUAAUGAAUUCGAAGAUGAACAAUUAAAAACGAAAAACUUAAUCAUCGAUCUUGAUCAAUAUAAAAUCAAUGAAUCAAAACUUCGACAAGAACUUAAUAUAUCACGUGAAUCAUCAGAAUGUUUACAGUUACAAAAUGAAUCAUUGAAAUCAUCAUGUAAAAAUCUUCAAGAUGAAGUAUCGAAUCUUCAAAAUGAACUUUCAAAUCUUCGUUCAUCCUCAACUAAUGCUGUGCAAGAUUUAAUCAAUAAAUUAACUGAAACUCAAAAUACGGUUGAAAACCUUCUAAAUGAACAACAUUCAGUUGAACAAGAGAAAAUUCAUCUAAAACAGUCUAUUGAAAGUUUAGAAUUGGAAAUCCAUGAUUUAAGAUUAAAAUUUAGUUCAUUUGAUAAAGAUAAACAAUUAAUGGAAGAAGAACUCAAUAACUUAAGAUCUCAAUUAAGUACAUCUGAUAAUGAUAAAUUGUUAAGUGAAGAAUUAAAUGAACUAAGAUUAAAAUCCGAUAAAGAAAAACAAUUAAUGGAAGAAGAGCUCAAUAAUUUAAGAUCUAAUUUGAGCACAUUUAAUAAAGAUAAACAGUUGAUGGAAGACGAACUCAAUGAGUUAAGAUCUAAAUCAAGUUCAUUUGACAACGAUAAACAAUUAUUAGAAGAUCUCAACCACUUAAGAUCAAAAUCGAGUACAUUUGAUAAAGAUAAACAACUAUUGGAAGAAGAACUGAACGAUCUCAGAUUAAAAUGCAGUUCAUUUGAUACGGAUAAACAAUCAAUGGAAGAGGAACUGAAUGAUCUCAGAUUAAAAUGCAGUUCGUUUGAUAAGGAUAAGCAAUCAAUGGAAGACGAACUGAAUGAUCUCAGAUUAAAAUGCAGUUCAUUUGAUAAGGAUAAACAAUCAAUGGAAGAGAAACUGAACGAUCUCAGAUUAAAAUGCAGUUCGUUUGACAAGGACAAACAAUCAAUGGAAGACGAACUGAACGAUCUCAGAUUAAAAUGCAGUUCAUUUGAUAAGGAUAAACAAUCAAUGGAAGAGGAACGGAACGAUCUCAGAUUAAAAUGCAGUUCGUUUGACAAGGAUAAACAAUCAAUGGAAGAGGAACUCAAUAAUUUAAGAUCAAAAUUAAGUAUACUUGAUAAAGAUAAACAACUGAUAGAAGAAGAAUUCAAUAAUUUAAAAUCAGAAAGAAGUUCAUAUGAUAAAGAUAAACAAAUUAUGGAAGAAGAACUCAAUGAAUUAAGAACUAAAUUGAACACAUUUAAUAACGAUAAAAAGUUGAUGGAAGAAGAAAUCAAUGCUCUAAGAUCAAAAUCCUGUUCAUUUGAUAAUGAUAAACAAUUAAUGGAAGAAGAACUCAAUUACUUAAGAUCAAAACCCAGUUCAUAUGAUAACGAUAGACAGAUUAUGGAAGAAGAACUCAAUAACUUAAGAUCUCAACUGAGCACAUUUAAGAAAGAUAAACAGUUAAUGGAAGAAGAACUUAAUGAUUUACGAUUAAAGACCAGUUCAUUCGAUAGAGAUAAACAAUUAAUGGAAGAGGAACUCAACAACUUACGAUCAAAAUUAAGUACAUGUGAUAACGAUAAACAAUUACUAGAAGAAGAAUUCAACAACUUAAGAUCCAAAUUAAGUACAUAUGACAACGAGAAACAGUUGAUGGAAGGAGAACUCAAUGGUUUAAGAUCAAAACAGAGUAUAUUUGAUAAGGAUAAGCAAAUAAUGGAAGAAGAAAUGAAUAAUUACCGGAAAAAAAUAGAAACUUUUGAAAUAGAAAAUACUGAAUUAAAGAAAACUCAACAACGAUUAUUAGAAACUCCAAUGCAUCAAUCAAAUGAAAAUUUUGAUGAAAUUAUUUCUCAACAUAUCGCUUCUUUUCUUAAUCGUACUGACGAAGAAGCACAACAUAUAUCAAAGAUAUUAUCAGAUAUUCCAACAUUACUUCAAUCAAUGAGAAUAACAAACUAUAAAAGUGAAGAGUUUUCUAAUCAAUUAAAUCUUGAAAGUCUUCUUCGUUUAUGUUCAUUAUUAAUUGAAAGAUGUGAAGUUUUACAAAAUGAUAAUAUAUUAAAUAAUUCAUCAAUAAAUAAGGAACUUCUUUCAAUUACUCAAAAUGAUAAUUAUGAACAAUGUCGAUUAUUAAUUCAUCGACAAGAUCAUCCUGGAUUAGAUACACUUUUUCAAUAUCUUCAUUCAUGGAUGAAUCAAUCAAAUGAUUCAAAUGAUUGGGAACUUCGUCUGGCAAAACCCAUUGAUCAGAGCACAAAUCCAUACAUUCGAUUAGAAUUAAAUGAUUUCAAAUUUGUUCCCGAACAAAUCGAACAUGAACUUACACAAGUACGUUUUCAACUUGAUCAAUUAUCAAAAGAGAAUGAAGAACAACGCUGUGAAAUUGCUAAUUUCGAAGACAGUCUUCGUUCUUUUGAACAAUUAAAAGAACAAUAUGCAGAAAAAUGUGAGAAAACAAAUCAAUUACAAAAUAUUAUUAAUCAAGAAACUAUCGAUAAAACGAAAUUUGAUCAACUUGAAUCAUUAUAUAAAGAGCUUCAACAAAAAUAUGUUCAUCUCGAACAAAUCAAAUCUGAAUAUGAUUUAUUAAAAGAAAAUUUCAAUAGAACAAAUCUUCAAUUACAAGAUCAACAAGAAAAAUAUCAAAUUGAAAUAGUUAAUCUUCAAAAUGAAAUAAAACAACAACAAGAAAAAUUUGAUAAUAAAAAUCAUAUUCAUGAUGAACGUUAUUCAUCAUCAUUAAAACAAACACAACAAUUAAGUGAUUUACUUGAAACAGAAAGAAAUGAAAAUAAAAAAUUAAAAACUAUCAAUCAACAAUUAGAAAAUGAUUUAAAAGAGAAUAAUCAAUUAUUUUUUGAAAAAACUAAACAAGCCGAUGAUUUAGAUAAACAAUUACAAACAAUAAAUAAUGAAUAUCAAAGUUUAAAAAUAAAAUUUGAUCAAAUAAAAGAUGAAAAAACUAAAUUUAUGAAUGAUAUUAAUUUACUUACGGAAAAAAUACAAAAUUUCGAAAUAGAAAAAUCUGAAUAUUUACAAAUUAUUAAUAAUUUAAAACAAGAUCUAGACGACAACAGAUUAAAUUCUGAUCAAAUGAUAAAAAAGAUUAAAGAAGACAGUCAUCAAGAAAAAAUUCAAAUGGAAAAUAAUCUACAAAAAACGAUUGAAAAUCUUAAACAAGACUUACAAACUACAAAAAAUGAACUCAAAAAUCAUCAAUUAGAAUCAACUGAAGGAAAAAAAUUAAUUCUUGAAAAUGAACAAAUUCAAAUAAAUAAUCUUCGAUCUGAAUUAGAAAAUUUUCAAAAAGAAAAUGAAACAUUGAAUCAAACUAUUAAUGAAUUAAAUCAGAAACUCGAAAAUCAAAUAAUUCAAUCCAAUGCACUAAUUCAAGAUCAUCAAGAAAAACAACAAAAAAUGAAACUUUUAUUAUCACGUCUUAAAAAAGAAUUACAAGAAAAAUCUCAACAACCAAAACAAAGUUUAAUCGAUCUUGAAUUAGCUGAUUAUGAAAAAACAAUUAAAACAUUAAAAGAUAAUUUAACACAUAAAGAUAAAGAAAUUCAAGAUUUACGUGAUGAAUUAACAAGUAUUAAUGAAAAAAAUCUUUCUCUUAAACAAGAAAUGGAAAAUUUAGAACAAUUAAAAUUACAAACUGAAGAACGUGCUGAUAAACUUAAAACAUUAUUAGAUACAACUAAAAGAGAUCUACAAAAUGCUAAAGAUCUUGAACAACAAAGAUAUCAAAAUGAUGAUAAUCUACGAACAUUAUUUGAUAAAUUACAAAUUGAAUUAGAUAAUAAUAAAGUAAUUAUUAGUCAAUUACUUUCGGAAAAACAACAAUUAGUUGAACGAUUAAAUAAUCAAAGUGAAACAAAUCAGAAAACAAUUAAUUUACUUGAACAAAAUUUACAUAUUGCAAAACACGAGUUGGAUAUAGCUAAACAGGACAAAGAAACACUUCAAGAUGAUUUUAAUAAUUAUAAAAUACGAGCACAAAGUGUUCUUAAACAACAAUCGACUCAACGUGAACGUAUACCACCAGUAGCUGAUAAACAAGCUGAACUAGAAGAAACGAUUGAAAAAUUAAAAACAGCUCUUCGAGAAGCAAAUAAUAAAAUUCAAUUAUUAAAAUCUGAAAAUGAAAUAUUACAAAAAGAACAAGAUCGUAUGAAUGAAGUACAAACUAAAAUAAUUAAUGAAUCAAGAAAACGUGAACAAGAUCUUCGAAAACAACAUCAAAUGGAACUUGAGAAGAUGGAAAAUGAAUGUUUAAAACGAACGAAUGAUAGUCAUGAUAUGAUGAAAAGUGUUACACUUCAAAAUGAAACACUUUCGAAAACAUUUAAGGAACAAAUAGCUGCCAUUGAAGCUGAUCAUGAACGUUCAAUAUCAAUUUUACAAAAUCAAUUACAAGCAUCAAAACAAGAAAUUGAACAAUUUAAAAAUCGUAUUGAAUUAUUACGACAAACAAAUGUUGAUAAUGACAAAGAAUCUUCUCAAAUAAUAUUAAAUAAUGAUAUUAAUAAAGAUGAAAUUUCAUGGACUUUUUCAGAACGUCAACAAGGCGAAGGAUCUGAAUCAGCCAGUAUUGAUUAUCAACCACCUGAUGUUGCUGUUAAAACUUUAGAAAACGUUUUAUUCGGUAAUACUCAGACUCCACAAUCGCCAUCAUCCAAUUUGGAAAAACCUCGUCAUAUACUUUUCGAAGAUGUUGAAUUAGAACGUCAACGUAUUGAAGAAGAACUUAAUAAAGCCAAAUAUCGUUUACUUAAUACAACUGAACUUCUUAAUGAAUCAGAAUUAAAUAAUGUACGUUUAAGUGAACAAGUAUCAUUACUUAAAGAUGAAAUACGACGUAUUGAACGUAAUAUGGAUCGUGCUGAAUCAAUAUCAAAUUUAGAAUAUUUAAAAAAUAUAAUUUUAAAAUUUUUUAUAUUAAAAACUACACAUGAACGUUUACAAAUAAUACCUGUUCUUGUUACAAUGCUUAAGCUAAGUCCUGAUGAGCAAGCUAAUCUUGUUCGUGUCGCACAACAAACAACAUCUAUUGUAGACACUUCAUCAAACAGUGAACCUAAUGCACAACAAGUCACUAAUAGUGCUAAUUCAAAUUCUUCUUCUUCUUGGGGUUCUUAUUUAAAUAUUUGGUGA